CCACUGACUCGUGUUGCUGUUUCCUUCCCUUUCCCACACCUGAGCAGAGGUGCCGGAGCAGCUCACAGAAACUCAGACAUGAGGACGUUCAAACUCCUUCUGUCCAUCAGUCUGCUGCUGUGGGCCUCCUGCAUCCAGGCUGAGGACCCAGAGGACAACACACACAAACACACGGGGACACAGGAGGACACCGCAGGGGAGACGGAUGAACCCAACGCGCCAAAGAAGGAGAAAACAACAGAGAUAGAAGAGGAGAAGGACGUCAUGGUUCUUCACAUCAACAACUUUGACAGAGCUCUCAGCGAGAACAAAUAUUUACUGGUGGAAUUCUAUGCUCCCUGGUGUGGCCACUGCAAACAGCUGGAGCCAGUUUAUGCCGAGGCUGCUGAGAAGCUGAAGAAAGAGGAAGGGGUGAUGCGUUUGGCUAAGGUGGAUGCCACAGAAGAGAAAGAGCUGGCUGAAGAGUUCGCUGUUGGAAGCUUCCCUACUCUGAAGUUGUUCAUCGAUGGGAAUCGGGAGCAGCCUGUCGAUUUCACCAGCAAGAGAACAGUAGAGGGAAUAAUCCAGUGGAUGAAGCGUCGAACCGGACCCGGUGCUGUAGACCUCAUCUCUGGGGCUGAUGCUGUUCAGUUCAUCGAAGCCCAUAACAUCACUCUUGUUGGAUUCUUUGAUAGUUUGGACAGUGAGGAAGCCAAGCUGCUCAAAGAACUUGCUUUUGAUUUGACCGACACAGAAUUUGCAGUGACAGCGACUUCUGAAGUUCUACAGACGUUAGAAGCUAAACCCAACUCAGUGGUUCUCUUCAAAAAGUUCGAUGAGAGAAGAGCAGAUUUUGAGUGGCCAGAAAACGAGAAGCUGGACAAAGAAAACCUGACUGCUUUCAUCAAGGAGAACAGCCUGGAGCUGAUCAUCCCGUUCAGCCAGGAGACAGCAGACAAGAUCUUCACCUCUCGGAUCCUCCUGCACACUCUGCUCUUCAUUAACUCCACCGUGAAGAGUCAGGUGGAGCUGGUGGAAAAGUCCAAAGUCAUCGCUAAAGAGUUCAGAGGCAAGAUGCUGUUCGUGUCUAUUGACGUGACAGCAGCGCUGUCACAUGUGCUGAAGUAUUUUGGCGUGUCAGAGAGCGACGCCCCCACAGCACGCAUCAUCAACAUGGAGACACAGAAGAAGUUUAGCAUUCCUUCUGGAGAUCUGAAUGAAAAUUCCCUACGACAGCUUUGCCAGGAGGUUGUGGAGGGCAAUGCCAAGCCUUACUUUCGGUCUGAGGAGAUCCCAGAGGACUGGAACAAAGGUCCCGUUAAAGUCCUGGUGGGCAAAAACUUUAAAUCUGUAGCUCUGGAUCCAACCAAAAAUGUUUUUGUUGAAUUCUAUGCUCCAUGGUGUGGACACUGUAAGGAACUGGAACCUAUCUGGGAAAAGCUGGGAGAGAAAUAUGCCGACAAUGAAAACAUCAUCAUAGCCAAAAUGGACGCCACGGCUAACGAAGUGGAAUCUGUCGUGGUUUCUGGAUUUCCGACCCUCAAAUAUUUCCCAGCUGAAGAUAAAGAGGUGAUCAGCUACACUGGAAAAAGGGAUCUGGAAACUUUUUCCAAGUUUCUGGAUAGUGGAGGAGUUUUGCCAGAGGAAGACAGCAAUGAGGAUGAGAAUGAAGAAGAUGAUGAGGAAGAAGAAGAAGAAGACAAAACUGACGAUCAGAAAAAGGAAGUGGACGAGUCUCCAGACAUAGCUUCUAACGAAACCAAAGAUGAGCUGUAAUGAAACCAUUCCACCAGUUAAUAUCAAGCUAGCAUCCUCCUGAUUUCUUAAUAAAAGUGAUUGAGACGGUG